AACAGGCUGGGAUCUUUGCAGAGGGCUCAGUUGAACAGAUCAGCAGCCAGAAGUGGGACCACUUUCUCCAAGGUCAGCCCAACUUUUCUUAUUCUCCAGUUUUGUGGACCAGGAGACGUUCAGAACGUAGAGAAGGUUUGCCCUCAGCAUCAGGCAGGAUACUGUAUUGUUCUAUGGAAAGGGGAUUUUUUAAACAUCAUUUCAGCUGAUCAGUGGAAUAAUCCAAAAAAGAGAAAUACUGGGCUUUAUCGUGUGCAGAAAAAAGUUCUAAGACAAGACAAUGGAUUACUCCAAUCAGGAUUCUGCCCCACAAUACAUAGAGACUUCUCAUUUGCAAGGAAAUGACGAUUCAGACCUUUUCUUUACGAGUCCUGAGGGAGUUGAUUCCAACUCUGUGCCCACAUAUUUCUCUCGUAUGCCUGAAUCCUACAGACACUCCCCAGUGCGACAGUUAUACCCUCUUCUCAAUGGUUUGCAAUGGGGGGACAGCCAUCCCUACAGCACAGCAGCUUGGGUCUCCAGUGCCUCUGGGAAAACCCACACUGGACUUCCUGUCUAUACUUCUGCCACGUCCUCCUACCAGACUCUGCAUGCACCAGCCUCUCCCAGGGACCUUUCCCCUGAUGGCAAGAGCAGUCCCAGAUAUCUGGAGAUGUUGAAGACAGAACGGAUCAGCCCCACUCAUGCUGAACUGCUGCCUUUGGGGACCCCAACUGGCCCAGCCCUAAGUCCUUACACUAUGGGACAGGAGUAUGGAUAUUUUCCGAUGCCUGGAAGCCCCUUGACAGCUGGAUAUUCCCCCAAACUCCGCGGGACAACGCAGCUCUCCCCCAGUGAGGCACGUGAGUGUGUGAACUGUGGAGCCACAGCCACCCCACUGUGGAGAAGGGAUGGGACUGGUCACUAUCUUUGCAAUGCUUGUGGGCUCUAUCACAAGAUGAAUGGCCAGAAUCGGCCCCUCAUUCGACCCAAGAAACGCCUGAUUGUCAGCAAGCGAGCUGGAACCCAGUGCAGUAAUUGCCAAACAACUACCACAACUCUUUGGCGCCGCAACAUGAAUGGAGAACCUGUAUGCAAUGCCUGUGGCCUCUAUUACAAACUGCACAAUGUGAAUCGCCCCUUAGCAAUGCGGAAGGAUGGGAUCCAAACACGGAACCGCAAGGUCUCCUCCGCCAAAUCCAAAAAGCGCAAAGGAAAUUCUGGGGAAGCCACCAUGCCUGCAAACCCACCUUUGGAGAUGAUGCCCUCUCCCUUGUUGGGGGAAGAAGCUGCUGCCCUCUAUCCUCUCAACCCCAUGAUGCUACCAGGACACCUGCUCCCCUUUGGAGCCAAUCCUCACUUUCUAGCAUCUCCAGCAAGUUUUCCUCCACAGGCUUCCCCAGCCCCACAUGGUUCCCCAGGGAUGGUCUCUGCUCUGGGGUAAACAGCUUUGUAGCCUGUGCACGCACACGCACACUUUUAUGCAGGGAGACUUUGGGAACCUAUGUAGGGAGAAGAGACUCCUAAACAAGGGUAGCCUUUUGGCACAGCUCUAUUAGCAGUUUGGGCCCCUUGAAAAUGGCCCCUGUGGGUGAGAACUGAGAUUUUCCCCCAGAUUACCAGAGCAGACAGAAAGUCACAGUGGGUAAGUCAUAGAAAUGGGGGAAGAGCUGGUGAUAAAGGGGCAAAACUGUUUUCUGUGAAGGGAUCCUUUUGAAGGGCCAGCAUGAAAUGUGGAAAGCUUCCUCUGGGGAGAAAAUAAUUGCUGACUAUACAAAAAACAACGAGGGAAAAAGUUAGGCUCACAUUCUGGUUCCCAGGAUCAAUACUUUUACGUGUGAAAGUUGAUUUGUUUGUUUCUCAAUCCAGAAAGUCCUCAAAAUUUUGCCAUUUUAUUAUUCCCCCCUCAUCAACUGUUUAUGCCAAUUAGAAUGCAGACUGAUGUAAGGUAAUGAUGCUCUAAUAAUCCAACUUGCUACCCCCAUCUGUAAAUAACUAGCUCCAUGACUAUUUUCUUUUCUAUCCACUCUGCAAGAUAUGCAUUGUAACCCAGAUGAGUAUUUCUGACCCUAGAAACAAUCUGAACCUGCUUCUCCUUACAACUAAAUAUUCCUUGACGCAUGUCAUUUGUGAGAGCACUGUGAGUGUGAGUGGAUAUUUUACCCUGACUGCGUGGCUACAGAUCUGUCCCAACAAUUUCUCCACCACCAGCUCUGUGAUACUUUCCAUAUGUGACAAAUCUUGGACAUUGUAGGAAGACCAUUUUGAAGGAACAUUCUCCCAAAGAUUAAAUCCUAGUUGUCCUCGCAAUUUUACUUCCAAGGACUCCCUUCUCAAAUGCACAUUUUGUGCAUCAGCAGUGCGUUUUGUCACUUCCUGGUUUGAAAUAGGGCUCCACUUUAAAACUGCUUAUUCAGCAAUAGUUCUGAACCAAGAAAUGGACUGGUGAUCUUUUUGUGACCUUUUUUUAAAGGCCCUUCAAUAAUAUGUUGAAUAUAUGAAGAAGGAAGCAUUUCUUAAGAGUUUAAACAUAACUAAUCUGAAUAAUACUUCUUAUUCUCUUUCUAGCCCAUUUCCUACCAAUGGGAAAAGUGUGCUUUUUUUGUGAAUAGAAAACUCACUUAGAUAAACCAGACCAAAGUUUACUAAGAUUAUUUGCAAGAAUCCUAAUUCCCAACAGUUAGCUGGCAAUUAUAUGAUCCCCUCAAAUUCUUCCAUAGGUUAUUUUAUUUUAUUUUAUCUUUCUUUCUUUUUCUUUCUUUCUUUCUUUCUUUCUUUCUUUCUUUCUUUCUUUCUUUCUUUCUUUCUUUCUUUCUUUUCUUUCUUUCUUUCUUUCUUUCUCUUCUGCCUACUCUAUCAUCCUUUUCUUAUCAUACCAGCCUAUUUACAAACACAUCUGCCCAAUCUAAUUAUAUUCUUCCCUUUAUGAGUUAUUUUUACUGUACUCUCACCUCUGAAACUUUGCAAUGAGUAAAGAAAAAGAGAGGAUAGAUCAUGUUCCAGCUGAGAUAUUUACAGGAUCUGCCUUUUUUUACUCCAAUCUCUUUGCCAGGCUUACAUAUUUGCUAGGUUUAUAUAUUUCUAUGAACUUUCCCCUUCUACAAUAUGUUAACAACAUAUGGACAAGGUUGAAAUGCAUUUUCUGCAGAGGCAACUUCAGCACGGCAUGAAGCAAGUUCCCCCAAAGAAUGACAGUUUUUGCUUAAGUGUCUUUGAAAAUUAUUUGCACCAUUAAAUGUACAUUUUAAAUGAAAUCUCA